ACAAAAGUGUUAUGAUUUUUUAUUAGAAUUGUAAUAUAUUUUGUUUUUUUCGUUCUUUUUCGUCGAUUUAGUAAUUAUUUUUAUUAAGAUUGUUUUGAUAUGAUUUAAUCUGUUAGGAAGAAGAUCAUAAGUGGAGGGGAAUUGUUAACAUAUAAUAAUGAGAAAAACGCCUUGCACGUGACUUGCGUGUGACUUGUUUGGUUCAUACGAUAUUAUUUUAAAAUAGUAAGCAGUUAAACAGUAUCAUUUUACUAUGACUAAGAAGAUAAUAUGUUUAUUUGAUGUUGAUGGCACACUUACGGAUCCUAGACAGGCAAUUAAACCAUCCUUGGAGAAGUUCCUUUUGGGGACUGUUAAGAAAGAGUUUGACUUAGCUGUAGUUGGAGGAUCAGAUUUAAAUAAGAUUAAAGAACAGUUGGGUGGUAAAAGUAUAUUUGAAAAGUACAAAUAUGUUUUUGCAGAGAAUGGACUUAUUGCCUUUAAAGAGGGUAAACAAUUACCUACAGAAACAAUUCAAAGUAUUAUUGGUGAAGAGGCAUUGCAAGAUUUGAUCAAUUUUUGUCUGAAAUACAUAUCUGAAUUACAUCUACCAUUCAAGCGUGGAACUUUUAUAGAAUUUAGGACAGGAAUGCUUAAUGUAUCACCAGUUGGUCGUAAUUGUACUAAAGAAGAGCGUAUUCAGUUUUAUGAAUAUGAUCUUGAGCAUCAAAUACGUCAGAAAUUUAUUCAAGCUAUCAAAAAGGAAUUUCCAGAUCUUGCUUUAACAUACAGUAUCGGAGGUCAAAUAUCUUUUGACGUUUUCCCUAUUGGUUGGGACAAAACUUAUUGUCUAAGACAUAUUCAAGGAUAUGAAGAGAUACAUUUCUUUGGUGACAAAACAGUAGAAGGUGGCAAUGAUUAUGAAAUCUAUGAAAGUGAUCUAACUGUUGGACAUCGUGUAACUUGUCCAGAAGAUACAGUUAAUCAACUCAAUAUUCUUAUAGCAUUUAUUAAAGAAAAAAGAGAACGAGAACAACUGGAGGUUCCUAUGCAAUGUGCAUAAUGCAGUGAAGAUUUAAUGUACUAAAUAAUUUACUUAAAAAAAAAAAGGUACUUUUAUAUAUUUACGUUGGUUUGUUUUUCUGCUUUAUUAGUAAGCAUUCCAUUUAUAGUAUUACAUUUCCAAUGUCAAAAGAAUUUUUGAAGGAAAUAUAGAGAUGUAGGUACAAUUAAAAAAUUUAGAUUAUUCAAUCUUUAUUUUUAUCAAAUCGAUUAUUUCAAUUUGUUAAAGUAAUCUUAUGAGAAAUUGAAUUGUAAGUUUCGUUUUUAAUGUUUUAUAAAGAACAUGUGUU